UAACCACCAUUGGAAAAGAAGAUUAAAACUUCAUCCUCCACCUCAUUGAGACUUUCUUCAAGCUUCAAUCUCUGAUUAUAUAUACAUAUAUGUAUCUCCUUGGUAGUCAUUGUCGUCGAUAACAAAGAAAACCGUACGUUCAAUAUGUCUAGAACAGGUUUCUGGGUUUCCUUCAAGUUUCGAACUAUUCUUCAACUACUUCUCCGUCAGAGGUCUUGCUCCGGCGAUAUAUCUCCGGGACACGGCGCCGGUUUCGCUUCAGAUAAGCUUGGAAAUGGUUAUCGGAUGAACAAAGAGACAAUUCAGCUGUUCAGCACCAACAGCAAAACGCAGACAAAACUCGAUUCUGGUAAUUAUCAAUAUUCUAGGGUCAAUCGUGACAAGGGAAAGUUUCAAUCGCCAGCCCCUGCCACUCCAAAGCUCUUCUUCCCUUGGUGGGCAAAAUGGGUUUGGGGCUCUAUAUUAACUUUCUCGCUGCCGUUGAUGUGGAAGCAGGAUUGGGGAAAACUACGAAGGAUAGAAGGAGAGGCCGAAAUGGUGGUUGAAGAGGUGGAAACCGUUGUAGAGGUCGUUGAAAAGGUAGCCUCUGUGGCAGAGAAAAUAUCAGCAGAGGUGGCAGAUAAGCUUCCUGCAAAAAGCAAACUGAAGGAAGCAGCUUUGUUUGUUGAACAUGUUUCAGAAGAGGCUGUCCGUGAUGCUCAAUUAACAGAAGAUUUCAUUCACAAGGUGGAUGCAUUGAAGGAAGACCUUGACGCCCUGGUUGAACCCAUAAUUGUUCAGAUUGCAAAGCAAAACAAUCUGAAGCAAAGUAAUGAAAGCAAUAGGAUUUGAUUAUUUUACUUGUAUUUGUCUUCACCUAUUCUAAAUAUUUUCCUAUAAAUAGAAAUUAUUUGUAAUGCAAAUAUAUCAAGAAAUAAGAGUUCAAUAGAAAUUAUUUGUAAUG